AGAAGAGAAGUGUGGCUUGAAGAUGGGGAAGCAAAAGAAAACAAGGAAAUAUGCGACCAUGAAGCGAAUGCUUAGUCUCAGAGAUCAGAGGCUUAAAGAAAAAGACAGAUUAAAACCUAAAAAGAAAGAAAAGAAAGAUCCCAGCGCACUCAAAGAAAGAGAAGUGCCCCAACACCCUUCCUGCUUGUUCUUCCAAUAUAACACACAGCUGGGCCCGCCUUACCACAUCCUAGUUGAUACCAACUUUAUCAACUUCUCCAUCAAAGCCAAACUGGACCUAGUACAGUCAAUGAUGGACUGCCUGUAUGCCAAGUGUAUUCCUUGUAUAACUGACUGUGUCAUGGCUGAAAUUGAGAAGUUAGGACAGAAGUAUCGAGUGGCACUAAGGAUCGCCAAGGACCCAAGAUUUGAACGGUUACCAUGCACGCACAAAGGAACCUACGCAGAUGACUGCUUAGUCCAGAGAGUAACGCAGCACAAGUGUUACAUUGUGGCCACAGUUGACCGAGACCUAAAGCGAAGAAUCCGGAAGAUCCCUGGAGUCCCUAUCAUGUACAUUUCUAACCACAGGUGAGAAACUUCUUUGGGCAA